GGGGAGAGGAGAGGACGAGAGGAGACAGGGCUGAGGACAGAGAAAAGAGGGCCGCGCCGGGAAACAAAGCGUCACCGUGCCGGGGAACAGGGCGGAGGACCGAGCCGGGAGAGCCGGGAGACCGGGCCGGACCGGCUCCCCAACGGCCCGAGGGGCGCGGGGGGCCGGGCCGGGUCAUGGCGGAGGCCCUCCGACCGGCCCCGGCCCCGGACACGCCAAGCUCCGGGCGCCCGGGCUGGCCCUCCUAGGCGGGAGCCGCCCAUCAGGCUGCUUUUGGGACUUGAGGAUUUGGAGCAAGUGGAGCAAACAAGUGAGCCCCCGCCCAGAUGAUGUAAAGUUCCAGGCAACGCUGACCCAACCUAGUAGAUGUCUCCAUCCUGAAUUGUCUUCCCAGCCCAGCUCUACACAUUGUCCAAAGGCAGCGGUUGUGCCGUUCUAGUGGCCACAGGCUGGGGGCAUCAUGAAGCUGAACGAGCGGAGCCUGGCCUUCUACGCCACCUGCGACUCUCCGGCCGACAACACUGGCUUCCUGUACAAGAAGGGGGAGCGCCACACCGCUUACCACAAGCGCUGGUUCGUCCUCAAAGGCAACAUGCUCUUCUACUUUGAGGACCGGGACAGCCGGGAACCAGUGGGUGUCAUCAUCCUGGAGGGCUGCACGGUGGAGCUGUGCGAGGCCACGGAGGAGUUCGCUUUCGCCAUCCGCUUCGCGGGCGCUCGCUCGCGCACCUACGUCUUGGCGGCCGACAGCCAGCCGGCCAUGGAGGCGUGGGUCAAGGCCCUGUCCCGGGCCAGCUUUGACUACCUGCGCCUGGUGGUGCGCGAACUGGAGCAGCAGCUGGAGGAGGUGCGGGGCAGCGAGGCCGGCGGAAAGCGGGCCCAGCGGCGUUCUCCGGCCCCCCGGAGGAGCCAGCCGGAACCUGUGGCCCCUCCCCGGAGGGACCGCCCCGUCUACACCUGUCCCGCUGGCUCCAAAGAGAACGGCUGCGCCGUGUGGAGCACCGACCCGAGCGCUUGGCCCAACGGCCCGGGUUCCGGGCCCAGGGCUGCCAGGCUGAGCCACGACGGGAGUCCCCAGGCCCCACCUCUGCCCCCUCGCCGGAGGCCCUCGGGCACCUGUGUCCAGGCGCUGGCCCCGGAGAGUCCCUUCUCGCCCGGCACGGCCUCCUUUGGCAAGCUGCACGAGUGGUACGGGAGGGAGAUCGUGGAGUUGAGAAGAGAGUGGCUGGAGAGCCAGGGCCAGCCUUGAUGGAGCCAUGGCCCAGGCAGUGUGUGCGGAGGGCAGUGGGGACCCCGAGCCAUCCUAGGAGCCCCGGCCUCACCGUGGAGGAAGCUCUGCCUCUGGAAAGUCCCUGGUUUCGGGACUGAGCUAAGGCCUUCCUGUGUGCUGGCAGGGUGGAGGAGGGAGAGGAGCGGUGACGCUCCCUCCUCUAGGUUGCCAAGAUGGAAGUGUCAGCUUUUCCUUCUGACUCUUGGUGCUGUAAUCGAGGAUUUCUGGACUGUGCACCCACCAUUGCUGGCGAUGCUGGGUAUCUGGGCAACGGCCCCAGAGUGACGACUCGGGGUAGGAGGGAGGAGGAGAGUGUGUCCGGGCCACCUACCAACUGACCCCGAUCUGGCAGAGCAGCUCUUGUCCAGGAAGUAGAGGGUGAGCUAAAGGCUGGCUGCAGCAGGGCUGAGUCCUGAGUAAAUAGAGUCAGGCUUUUCUCAUCAUCUCACUUCCUUUGUCACCGCUCUAUCAGUCCCCCCGAUAGCCUCAUGCUACCCCAAACCAGCUCUCCUGGAAGCUGAAAGUGUGAACCAGCUAUCCCUGGCUGUGGAAGUGUGAGCCGCCACCCCAGCUGAAGUAAACUAGGCCACGGUCCACCUAUGUUGUUUCCAACCUCCCUCAGCCAGUCUGCCUCUCUAGCAAAAUGGCCCUUCAGCCUUCUAGGAGCAACGAGAAGGUGCCACAUGCCUGCCUUUCCUCCCUGACUGCCCAACCUCUUGGAGAGAGACCUGAGCCACCUGAGGGAGUUGGGGACUGGACUGCCCUCGGGGCCAAACAUUUUACCCUAUUGCCUGUAGAAUAGUCUCCCUUCUAAAGCGGAUCUUUCUGUUCAGGCUAGAGGGGUGAUGGAAUCUGGAAUAAAAUCGGGCACCAUCAGCAGGGGCCUGGAGGGUCACUGCCUUUGGCUCGAGGGAGGUUCUCAAAGUGGAGUGGGGCACUGGGCAGGAUGGUAGCAGCAGGGCUGGUCGGGGUUGGCCAGGGAGCUGUGCCCCCACCCUUAGAGAAAUGGGGAGGCGAGCACGGGCAUUCGGGAGUAUUCAGAGACCCUACAGCAAUAGGUUUACUACAAAACUGGGGUCCCCUUGGUGGAUAUAGGAGAUGACUGUAUAAUAGCCAAGGGGAGCCCAGGGUUUUCUUAAUAUAUUAAUCUUCAGGGACCUGUUGGCCCUUCAAGGCCACAGAUCAUCCUCUCUUCUCCCAGUGUCACUUCAGCCCUACCUCCUCACUUGCCACCCCAUCACCGUGUGUCCUUUGUCCCAGUAAAGGACAGUAGGGAAGCCCACAUAGAAAGGCCCCAAACUGUUUGAAAGACCUCUGUGUCCCUGAUUUGCCUUUGCAGAUCUCCCCUCUGGGGUGUGGUCCCUUGGUUCUCUGCAGAGGGACGGAGGGAGGGAUGGAGAUGUCCAUUCCCUGCUUGCAGGUACUAUGUUCUGUGCAAAUAAGAGAUGUCAGGAGCAGAAGGAGGAGGUCUCUGAGGAGGACUCCAGCCCAGGAAGGCUUUGGGAGGAACGUGCGUGGGCUCCAUCUUCCCUUCCUCAGCCCUGCAUUUUCCAGGUCUUGUCUCACUGCCACAUCAGAGGCUUGUUUACAGGGGUUUCUAACGCCCUUUCCUCUUCUCUGAUUUCCCUGCCUAAGGCAGGGCCCAGAAAACUAGUGGGGUGGGCUACUUACUCUCUCCCAGUACCUCUGGUUUCGGAAAGGCUUGUCUCGGAAGUUGGUCAGCAGAAAACUGCAGACUAGCUGACUUACGUGGCCGGGUGGAUAAACUGUAGGCCUGUUUCCCUGGGCCUGUCUUUUGUGGUCCCUGGUCUACUAUGUCUGGUCAGCCAAACUCCUUAUUACCUCACUGCUGGCUCAGUGUACACAGAGCUUAAAUACACACAAUAUUUCAAA